AACGGACUGACUCCGCUGCACGUGGCAGCUCACUAUGACAACCAGCAGGUGGCGCUGCUGCUGCUGGACAAAGGGGCGUCGCCCCACGCCACCGCCAAGAACGGAUACACCCCACUCCACAUCGCCGCCAAGAAGAACCAGACGAGCGUCGCCUCGUCUCUGCUGCAGUACGGAGCGGAGACCAACGUCCUGACCAAACAGGGGGUCACCCCUCUACACCUGGCCUCACAGGAGGGGCACAGUGAUAUGACCAGUCUGCUGCUGGGCAAGGGGGCACACGUCAACACUUCCACUAAGAGUGGUCUGACACCCCUCCACCUCACGGCCCAGGAGGACAGAGUGAAUGCAGCAGAAGUUCUGGCCAAACGUGAUGCUAACCUGGACCAGCAAACCAAGCUCGGCUACACUCCUCUCAUUGUUGCCUGUCACUAUGGAAACGUAAAGAUGGUCAACUUCCUCUUGCAGCAGGGCGCCAGUGUCAACGCCAAAACCAAGAACGGUUACACUCCGCUUCACCAGGCAGCACAGCAGGGACACACACACAUCAUCAACGUCCUGUUGCAGCACGGAGCUACACCCAACACUACUACUGCUAAUGGGAACACUGCUCUGUCCAUUGCCAGGCGUCUGGGUUACAUAUCUGUCGUUGACACUCUGAAGGUCGUCACAGAAGAGGUCAUCACCACGACAACGACUGUGACAUCAGAGAAACACAAGAUGAAUGUUCCGGAGACCAUGACGGAGAUACUGGACGUGUCGGAUGAGGAGGGUGAGGACACUAUGACAGGUGAUGGAGGGGAGUACCUGAGAGCUGAGGACCUGAGGGAGCUGGGAGACGACUCUCUACCUGGACAAUACCUGGACGGAUUCAACUACAUGAGCCACAACCUGGACAGGUCUCAUCAGACCCCUGUCCACCAGAGAGAUGGAGUCCUGAUUGAAGACAUGAUCACCAGCCACCAGGUGUCGUCUCUGUCCAGAGAGAAUGAGAAGGACUCCUUCAGACUGAGCUGGGGAGCAGAGCACCUGGACAACGUAGUGCUGUCAUCUAGCCUGCUGCACUCUGGCUUCCUAGUCAGUUUCAUGGUGGACGCCAGGGGUGGGGCCAUGCGUGGUUGCCGUCACAACGGGCUGCGCAUCAUCGUGCCGCCCAGGAAGUGUUCCGCUCCGACGCGGGUGACCUGUCGCCUGGUGAAGAGGCACCGCCUGGCGUCCAUGCCCCCCAUGGUGGAGGGAGAGGGGCUGGCAGGACGUAUCAUCGAGGUCGGCCCCACCGGGGCACAGUUCCUCGGUAAGCUCCACCUCCCCACGGCCCCGCCCCCUCUCAACGAGGGAGAGAGUCUUGUCAGCAGGAUACUACAGCUGGGGCCUCCUGGCACCAAGUUCCUGGGGCCUGUGAUUGUGGAGAUCCCUCACUUCGCGGCCCUGCGGGGCACGGAGCGGGAGCUGGUGAUUCUGAGGAGUGAGAUGGGGGAGAGCUGGAGGGAACAUCACUGUGAACACACUGAGGAGGAACUCAACCAAAUACUGAACGGCAUGGACGAGGAGCUGGACUCUCCUGAGGAGCUGGAGAAGAAGAGGAUCUGCCGUAUCGUCACCAGGGACUUCCCACAAUACUUUGCGGUGGUGUCGCGCAUCAAGCAGGACAGCCAGCUGAUUGGUCCUGAGGGAGCGGUGCUGAGCAGUACUCUGGUACCUCAGGUCCAGGCUGUGUUCCCAGUGGGGGCUCUCACUAAGAAGAUCAGGGUUGGACUACAGGCCCAGAAGAUCAGGGUUGGACCUACAGGAAGAGGGUCUGUCUGGGAAACAAAGGUCCAGGCUGUUUCCCAGAGGGGGCCCCAAGAAGAUCAGGUUGGAGCCCAGGCUGGUUCCCAGAGGGGGAGGCUGACUACAGGUGGGACCACUCCUGCCCAAUGGGAGGACAUCACUGGCUCCACCCCCCUCACCUUCAUCAACCAAUGUGUGUCCUUCACCACCAACGUGUCAGCGAGGUUCUGGCUGAUAGACUGUCGUCAGACCCAGGAGGCUGUGAGUUUCUCUACCCAGCUGUACAGAGAGAUCAUCUGUGUCCCCUACAUGGCCAAGUUCGUCAUCUUCGCCAAGACGCUGGACCCCAUCGAGGCCCGCCUCCGUUGCUUCUGCAUGACGGACGACAAGAUGGACAAGACGCUGGAACAGCAAGAGAACUUCACAGAGGUGGCCCGUAGAGGUAGAGACGGAGAGGUAUUGGAAGGGAAGCCUAUCUUUGCAGACUGUUUUGGGAACCUGGUUCCUCUGACCAAGAGUGGACAGCAUCACGUCUUCAGCUUCUACGCGUUCAAAGAGAACCGUCUCGCACUCUUCAUCAAGAUUCGUGACUGCGCCCAGGAGCCUUGUGGCAGACUGUCCUUCACUGUCCCAAAACAGAUCAAGGAGCCCCGCACCUACCGUAGUCUUACCCACAAGGCAAUCUGCAACCUGAACAUCACGCUGCCCACCUACUGCAAGAUUUGA